GAGCUCCACGCGCGCCUCAGCGAGGCCGAGGCGCUGCCCACCGCGCCGUCCGGGCGCCGCGACCCGAACGAGCAGCUCUUCAAUGCCCACGCGUGGUGCUCUUGGGCGAUGCUGGCAGCGUUGGAGCUACCAGACGUCCCUUUUCAUGUGCUACUGAGCACGCACCGCGCGGCCACGGCCCUGCAGGGCGCCAUCGCAGAGCGCCGCGCGCCCGAUGCAAAGACAGCCCCAGAGCGGCGACGUUCCACCCCUGCCGCCCCUGAGGUCUGCGAGGUGCUGAAGCAGUUCGACGGCGAUCCUUGCGCGCAGCACUUGAAGCAGGACUGGCUGCUGAAGGCCUUCAAGAUCCCAGAGGCACGCCGCCGCGACGCGCGCCACUUCGCUGAGCUCUUCAACGCCGCCACAGAGGAUUUCUGCUUGCGCGCUAAGCAACGCGGGAUCACGGCCACACCACUCUCAAAACGCAUUUUAGCGACGUGCACCAUAUUUCGCCUCUUGCUCACUUCGCAGAAGCCUCCAAAGGCAUUCGUUCUACGCUUUGGGCCUGCCCUGCGGCUUCUCGCCAACUACAAGGGCGACUGUGGCAUGCGCUACGCGCCCCGGGACGCGCGUGGUGCGGAUGUGGAACUCGCGGCGAACGGACUCCUGGCCUACUUCACCCGCCUCGCAGACAGUGUUGCACAGCUUGUCUCGUCAUCGGCAUCCAACAGUGGUGCGCGGCCUGUAGGGGCACCGGACCUCGUGCUUCCCGUGGCCUCGCCACCGGUCAUGUGCUGGAUUUGCGGCGAAGGGUUCACGCGCGACGGCGCCUUCUUCAAGCGCUGCUCCGACGCCCGCGGCGGUUGCGCGGAGUAUCGCAAGAGGCCCCUGUGGCGAGCGCGACAGGGUGGCGUCAAGCCCCUGUUGCCCUGGGUCAAAAGGCGCAUCUUGCAGUCCGCCACCUUCCACUUGACGUUCUCGGUGCCUGGCUCCUUGUCGCUCCAUUGGAACCGCCCAGAGGCCAUCGCCGUGGCAAAGGCGAGGUGCGAGGAGCACGUUUCUUUCCGCGUGCUCCUGUUGGGCAAUGGCCAAGAAGAGGCGCUGCAGUCAGGACUCACUGGCAACCGCAUCCUGAUCUCGCAAGCUUCGGCCACACUCGCGGUGGCACUGCCGCCGUCCUCCACGCGCUUGAAGGACAGUAUCGUAGUGAUUUUCGGCCAGGACACUGACGACUUGCGCAAGUGUCAGCUCCUCACCGCGCAGCGCGAAGCCUACAAGGCCCUCGCUGCGCAGCGUGCCCGGGUCGACGCCAUCUUCGCCGAGAUUCCCGUGGGCCAGGCCGCCGUGAAUGCCCUCCCGCUCAACGGCGUGCCACGGCAAUUCCUGGACUGUGCCGCCCAGAUGCCGGAGGUCGAGCGUUGCGGCGCGACGCGCUCAGGGCUGGGCACUGUCCGCCACCCCUCGGGCGCGGCCCGCCCCGAGGGCGAUGUCUCCGACGAGCUUUCUGAGAGCGACGGCGACGAGCGCGCUGCGACA